UUUCUAAGAGCUUUAAUUAGUGCGCACUUAGUGACCACCUUGCUAACGAACAUCCACAGGGCAGUAGCCGUCGGAGCUUUCAUCAUCAUGGCAGAUAACAAGGACGAAAGCGAUGCCAUAUCUGCGCUCACCGGAUUCUCUCUCAACCAUCUUCUCGAUGGCAUGUCCCUACCUAGCGGUUCGGGUCUCUCAAACCAACUUGGAAUUUCCGGUUUGCCAAGCUUGAACUCCGGUCAGAUCUACAACGAGAACUAUGAUGAGGAUGACGAGGCCAUUGGGAAUGAUCAGGGUGAAGAUUGGGAGUCCCAAAUUGACCAAGAGAUGCAGGAUGAAGACAUGGAAACUCCAGCGGUCAAGACAGAGCUUCAUUCUCCAGAUGCCAUAAAGCAGAAACAGAAGCGGGUGCGAAUAGUGAAGCGACUCGUGGAAAGACCCAAGAGUGUGUACGAGCGAUUUCCGGCUUUCCAGAAGGACAAAAUACUCGAUUUCAGUGAGCUAUUCAAAGGGUACACAGGUAAACAAGUCGAGGCUCGCCAAGAGACCUUUCCACAGAUCCUUUCAGUCGAAACUGUGUAUCCCCGGAGGAAGGAGGUACCCAAAGCAUUCCUUGAGGCAGUUGUAGGCGACACGAAGCGGCAAGUCGAGAAUAAGCGUGUCGAGGCUGUUGUUUCUGCUGGGAGUGUCGAAGUCGACCUUCGCAAGGCACUUGAGGAACGUGACAAAACGAACGUUCCUAUAUCACUACCCCUUCAUGAUCGAAGUUUCGACCUCGUCCUGUUGUCGAAUUGGGAGGACCAGAUCAUAUACGAGCCGGAAAAGACGUUCUCACGCAGUAAUGGCCUACCAGAAAAUAACCUUACGACACCAGUAAACAAAGCGUUGGAAUCUGGUGCAUGGACGCAAAGUAUUAUAUGGAGUCCUCGCGCGCCAUUCCGUGAUUUCACCCAACUAGAAUUCAAUCACGAAGAUGACGUUAUUCCCGAAGAUAGAACAGCUGAAAUGGCGAGGCCCCGGAAGAGGCUCAGAACAGACGCAGGCAUUCGUGACAAGUUCAAUCUCUCAAACGACCACUUUUACGAAAUUUCCAAGGACGGGCGCCAUCGUGUCCGCCAAACCUUUGGUCAAUUGUCUGUGGAGCAUGCCUAUCCUGCACAGAAACUGCAGUUGCCAUUUUACAAGACCCGGCUGUCCAAACAAGAAGCUCGUUCUUUCCAUCGUCCAGCGUUGCAGUUUCCUUCGAAUAUCGAAUUACGGUUUAGCAAGGUUCGUACGGCUAAGAAAAAGAAAGAUAAAGCUGGUCGGCGGCUCGGAAAAGGUGGAAAUGUUGGAGAGGGUCUGCAUAAUACCAGUGAUCUCAGUCUUCGAGACACCAGCAACUUUGUUCUCUGGGAAUAUUCAGAAGAGCACCCCCCUAUAAUAUCUAACUUUGGCAUGGGUAGUGCGCUGGUGAAUUAUUACAGGAAGAAGGAUGAGAAGGAUGAACAUAUACCCAAGUAUGACUUGGGUGUUCCCUUCGUUCUUGAACCUCAAGAUGAUUCUCCGUUCAUGAAAUUCGGUUACGUCUAUCCAGGACAAACAAUGCCUGCAUUGUACAACAACCUAAUCCGGGCACCUCUUUUCCGACAUAAACCUUACCCUACCGAUUUCCUCGUAAUCCACCAUACCGUCAAAGGUGAUACAAAGUAUUUCAUCCGGGAGAUCAAAAAUCUCUUCGUCGUUGGGCAGACGUAUCCGGUCACCGAAGUUCCUGGACCUCAUUCACGCAAAAUCACAAACACGAUCAAGUACAGACUGCAGAUCAUUGCAUUCAAACUCCUCCGAAAAAGUCAAGAGGAACGACUGAAGAUAUCAAGGCUGAUGAAAUACUUUCCAGAUCAGAACGAGCUGCAGAUGCGACAAAGGUUGAAAGAAUUUAUGGAAUAUCAUCGUAGGGGACCUCAUCAGGGAUUUUGGAGGCUCAAACCCAAUUUGUCCAUUCCAAGUGAUGCUGAGAUGCUGAAGAUGGUCGGACCGGAGCAGGUUGUACUUACGGAGAGUAUGCAGGUUGGCCAACGGCACUUGCAAGACUCCGGUUAUAGUCAGACUGCGGACGCAGCUGAUGGUGAUGAAUCGAAUCUUUCGGUCGAGCAGCAGUUGGCGCCAUGGAUCACAACAAAGAAUUUCUUGUUUGCAACCCAGGCGAAGGCAAUGUUGAGGUUGCAUGGUGAGGGUGAUCCAUCUGGAAGAGGAGAGGCUUUUAGCUUUAUCCGGAUAUCGAUGAAGGAAAUAUUCGUUAAAGCGGGGGAAGAUUACGAGCAGAAAAUGGCCGAGGCUGAGAACCGGCCAAAAUCUGCCCACCGUUAUAACGUCGCCGAGCAGCAACAAAUAUAUCGUUCUGAGAUUGAACGGAUAUGGAAGGCUCAAUUCGAUUCCCUGAGUCGGAAGGACGAGCCGGUGUUGACGGAGGAGGAUAAGAGAAGAUACAAGGAAAACGAAAAGGAGGCUCAAGCCAAAAAGGCGCACAAUUCCUACGGAUCUGGAUUUGCGACUACCGCGGCACCUGGCUCGCCUGCACCUGGUCCUAGUCGGACCUCAUCCGUCGAGCGCGACAUGAGUGUGGGACCCGACGGCGGCCGGCGAGUACUGAGGAUCAAGCGGUUGAUGGAUGGGGAAUGGCAAACUGAGAUUAUUCGAGACCCGGGCGUUAUACGUGCUUACGUGCGAGGGAAGCAGCUCUUGGAGGAGGAGGCCACAAUGGCCGACAGCCUGGCUCCCACAGGAGAUGCAGAUAAGGAUAAACGGGCGAAGAAGAGGCUCGAAGAGGAAAUUGCCAGGAUGAAGAAGAACCAGGAGAGGCGCUUGCAUAGAAAGAACGCGAAGAUAGUGAAAGAGGGUGGGACGCCAAUGACUCUGAAUAGGCCUUUGAAACCUGAUACGACGAGGAGAUGCGGACAUUGUGGACAGAUGGGGCAUAUGAGUGGGGGUUUUAUAUUUUUGGAUGAUCGCUGAUGCUGACCGGCUCUUUCUAGAAACAAAUAGGAAAUGUCCCAGGUGGGCAGAGUUUAAUAGCGGUGCGGCGCCUGUAGUGGCGGGACCUGCGGGAAGCCCUCCACCGCCCACGACCAACACUCCCAAUCUCGGGUUCAAUACGCCUUUUGCGCCAUCACCUUUGGCUACCAGCACGUCUGCACAAGACGUAGAGGAGCCUGCAGCAUCAAAGCCGAAAAUCAAGUUAACUCUAAAGAACAGAAGCUGAGA